AUGGAGCAGGAGGGAGGAGUUGAGCUGGAAGCCUGGAGGGGAAGAUGGGCAGUGAUCUGGCCACCACUGCCGACCCACAAUCUGGAGGGUGUUGCGGAUAAGGGAAAGUCUGGGUGGCAACCGAGGAAGUUCGGUGACGCUGGAAAGACAGCUGACCUCCAGGAAAGACUGGCGUGGGUGUAUGAGGUUAGCAACCUCAUCCACAGCACUCGCAAGAGGGCACCAACUCAAGCUACAGAAAGCAAUACAGAGCAAUACCCCCAGAGUCUCCCGAGAGGGGGGGAGGAUGAGAGACUCGAUAGGACAGACACAACGGUAACGACCAGGAACGAAAUAUGGACCCAGAGACGGCUCACCCAAACAACAUUAACUGGGGGGGCAUUAGAAGUAAAGUGUCAUUGCGGAAAGAUCUGCAAGAACAUAAGAGGGCUUAAGAUACACCAAAGCCGAACCAACUGCGGAAAAGAGGGGUCACAGGAGCAGCGCACAGCGGUAGCACCUGGUGAGACGCAGGAGAGCUCCGGGCAGGAAGCACCCCACAGUACUGGAGAUCUCUCAGCACCUGUGUCACCUCAAGACUGCAGGAUGGACUCACCUGAUGCCAUCCCAGGGAGCCAACCCCACCCUGCGAGGGAACGAAUCAAAUGGCCUAAGAUGAGCGAUAACAAAGAGUGGUACCAACUAGACCAAGAUCUCGACAAAGUGCUAGAAGCCACACUAGCAGGGACGGCUGAGCAGAAAGUCAAUACUCUCACAACAAUAACUUAUAAUCUGGCAAAGGAGCGUUUUGGAAUUAAGGAGAAGGAAAUCAUCAUCAAGGCGGCAUACCAGCCAAGUAGAAGAGAGAGGGAAAUUCAUCGUCUGAGGGGAGAAAUAAAGUCUCUAACCAAGCAGUUCAAACAAGCUCUUGCUGAUGAAAGGGUAGGCAUCAAGGUUCUGACGAGUCAACUCCGGGAGCGCCUCUGCAGACUUCGAAAAGCUGAAAGUACUCGGAAGAAGAGGAAGGAUAGGGAGAAUAAAAGAUCCCAGUUCACCAAAGAUCCAUUCCGAUUCACCAGGACCCUGCUAGGAGAAGCUAAAUCUGGAAGGCUGACUAGCCCCAGAGAAGAUGUGGAGGAGUUUUUGAGGGAGACCCACAAUGAUAUCUUGAGAAACCAGGCCUUGAAUGCCAACUCAAGUAUCAACAGUAUGAAGACCCCAGAAAAAGAGCUCAAUAUCAGCGAACCAUCCUGGAAGGAAGUCCAAGAGGUGGUGAAGAAGGCCAGAACAGGAUCUGCCCCUGGCCCAAGCGGUAUACCCUACAAGGUAUACAAGAAAUGCCCAAAGCUCCUCCGGAGGCUGUGGAAGCUGUUCCGGAGGAUCUGGAGUAAGGGUACCAUUCCAUCAGGCUGGAAGAAGGCAGAGGGAUGUUUUGUGCCGAAGGAAGAGAAUUCCUCAACCAUUGACCAAUUCAGAACAAUCUCACUGUUAAGUGUAGAAUGCAAGAUCUUCUUUUCAGUACUGGCCAAGAGGAUGACCUCUUACAUGACAGAGAAUGGAUACAUCAAUACUGCUAUCCAGAAAGGUGGAAUCCCAGGCUUCUCUGGAUGCCUGGAACACACCGGAGUUCUCAGUCAGAUGAUCCGUGAGGCCAAAGCCAGCAAGGGCAACCUGACUGUUGUCUGGCUGGACUUGGCCAAUGCUUAUGGAUCAAUCCCUCAUGCCCUCAUUCAUGCAGCAUUAGACCACUACCACAUCCCGCAGCACAUCAAGAGAAUAAUCACCAGUUACUUUUCCGGAAUCCAGCUACGAUUCAAUGCAGCCCAUUUUACAACUCAGUGGCAAAGCCUAGAAAAGGGUAUCGUAACUGGCUGUACAAUCUCCCCCAUCCUCUUCGUCAUGGGAAUGAACCUCUUAAUAUCAGCUGCAGAGAAGGAAGCCCGGGGUCCAAAAAUGGAAGCAGGCAUCCGACAACCCCCAAUAAGAGGUUACAUGGACGACCUUACCGUGACGACCACAACCCAUGUGGAGGCAAGGUGGGUGCUAAAUGUUCUGGACCACAUGGCAACAUGGGCCAGAAUGAAGUUUAAGCCAAAGAAAUCUAGGAGUUUGGUGAUCAGGAACGGGAAGCUGACCAACAGGUUCAAGCUGCAUGUGCAAGGGGAAGUAAUUCCAUCUAUAGAGGAGAACCCAAUUAAGUGCCUCGGAAAGUGGUUUGAUGACUCACUUACUGAUAGGAACAACAAAGCCAGUACGGAAAAGCAGAUGGAGGAGUGGCUGAGCAGGAUUGAAAAAUCAGGACUCCCUGGGAAGUUUAAAGCUUGGCUCUAUCAGCACGGACUGUUGCCAAGACUCAUGUGGUUGUUGACUGUGUACGAGGUCCCGAUGACAUGCGUCGAAGGUAUGGAGAGGAAGAUCAAUAAACACCUCCGAAAAUGGUUGGGAAUCCCUCCAAGCUUCACUGCAGUAGGCCUCUAUAUAAGAUCAGGGCAGCUCCAACUUCCUCUCUCAUCUGUGGUUGAGGAAUUCAAAGUUUCAAAGUGCAGAAUUGUAAUGACAUACAGAGACUCACAAGAUGAACAAGUCAGACAUGCAGGCGUCAUUACAAGAUCAGGUCGCAAGUGGGCAGCUGAUUCAUCUGUUGCACAAGCUGAAAGUAUAUUGAAGCUACGGGAUAUAAUUGGAGCACCAUGCACAGGAAGGCAGGGUCUUGGAACCUCCCAUUUCCAACUGUGGAGGAAGGCAGGAACUAGUGAAAGAAGAGCCAUGAUUCAAGAGGAGGUACGGAACCUGGAAGAGGAGGGACGAAGGGCAAGGGCAGUGGACCUAGCUUCCCAAGGAGCCUGGACCAAAUGGGAGCUUCCCAAGAGGAAGAUUACCUGGGCGGACCUAUGGAGACUGGAGCCGUUCCGCAUCUCUUUUCUGCUGAGAUCAGUGUAUGACACACUGCCAACCCCAACAAACUUGCACAAGUGGGGUAUGAGAGAGGACCCAUUGUGCAAGCUUUGUGGGGAGAGAGGCACAAUGGCACACAUCCUGUCCGGGUGUAAAAAAGCACUCACCCAGGGAAGGUACAGGUGGCGCCAUGACAGAGUGCUCAUGACACUCGCCAACACCUGAGCAAGAGAGGAAAAGAAACGGCUACCACUUCGGAAGACAACAUCAAUCCAGUUUGUAAGGGAGGGGGAAAAGCCACCAACCACAGUAACAACAAGAACCAAUCUGCUACAAAAGGCUCAAUCAUGGGAAAUGAAGGUUGACCUGGGAGGAAGGCUGCAGUUCCCCCAGUUUGUCCAGACAACCCUGAGGCCGGAUGUGAUACUGUGGUCUGAUGAGGGAAAGAAGAUCAUCCUCAUAGAACUUACAGUCCCAUGGGAAGAGGGGUGUGAACAGGCCUUUGAAAGGAAGAGUGCCAAAUACCAAAACAUUCUGCACGACUGCAGGGAGAAAGGCUGGCAGGCUUGGCUGUUCCCGGUCGAGGUCGGCUGUAGAGGAUUCCCUGCCCAGUCAGUGUGGAGAAUGCUCACAGCCCUUGGAAUGACAGGGAAAGAGAGGAAGGCAGCAGCUCGUAGGAUGGGGGAGGCAGCGGAAAGAGCCUCUUGCUGGUUAUGGAGCAGGAGGGAGGAGUUGAGCUGGAAGCCUGGAGGGGAAGAUGGGCAGUGAUCUGGCCACCACUGCCGACCCACAAUCUGGAGGGUGUUGCGGAUAAGGGUCGAAACACCCAAUGAAGGUUUGGUACCGCCUGAUGACAUCAACCCCUCCAGGCCAAGGCUACAUUCACUUAAGGUGGAUGAAGGUGAGAAGCAUUUCCGGAUGUAUUUGUAAUUU